UCUAGCCGCACAAACUAAAAAGUAAUCGUGUCUGUUCGCGUUAUUCGAAAUUGUGUUUGUGGCCGACGAACAACAAACAAGCUUUAAUUGUUAACAAACCGAGUGGAAGUGACGACUGUCUCGUGUUCCGUGUGUGCGUCAUUCCAGUUGAACUACUGAGUUGAAAGCAGGGAGAAAACAGCUAGAAGCUAAUCGAUAAUUGCAAGAACCGUUCCGGGUUGGAAGAAAGUGGAAAGUGAAAGUGACUUGAAUCUCUGUUUUUCCUUUGUGACCGUGUUGCGAAAUCGUUAAAACUGCCGCUCCCAAACAUUCGCUGCGAUGGCCACCUCAUCGAUACUCGCCAAAAGCACAAUUAACAGCACAUCGCCACCGGCCACGCCCAGCAGCAACGCCUCCGCCUCCACAUUGACCACCCGGAAGCGAACCUACGAGACAGCCAUCGCCAUGCCUUCGUCGACCGCCUCCUCGAGUGCCACGAAAGGAUCGGAGGUUCAGGAUCAGCGCACAAACAGCCCUAAGACAAAGUCCAAGAGCGCUCAGCUGGAGAGCGUGCUGGUGGUCAGCGAUGGAGCCAUCGAGCCCACCACCGGCGCGACCACUCUGCGGGACAGCACGCGCACUAUCUCACAGAGCGACGCCGACGACGGCGGUGAAGCCACAGCCGCCGAGGACUCUCUGCCCCCCAUCGCCAGUUCCUCCUCGUCGUCGGAUUACCUCAGUGGCGUCAAGCGCAAGUAUGUUCCGCAGCAACAGACGUCGCCGGACUCUCUGGCGGUCCCCCCAUCAACCUCGCAGCAAUUCUUCAAUGGCAGCGGUGCCUCUGAUUUUGCGACCAUUUGUAAGCCGGCGCCAUUCUCCCACGAUGAGGAGGCCAUGUUGGAGCGACAGAGAUGUGACUACACGAAGCGGAUUACCUACCAGAUGGCCCGCUCCGGACAGACGACGCGCAGGGUUAGGGUCUACGCAGAUGGAAUCUAUGAUCUGUUCCACCAGGGCCAUGCCCGCCAGUUGAUGCAGGCCAAGAAUAUAUUUCCCAACGUUUAUCUCAUCGUUGGCGUGUGCAACGAUGAGCUGACCCAUCGCAUGAAAGGACGCACCGUGAUGAAUGGCUUUGAGCGCUACGAGGGCGUGCGUCACUGCCGCUACGUGGAUGAGAUUGUUCAGAAUGCACCAUGGACGCUGUCCGAUGAGUUCAUUGCCGACAACAAAAUCGAUUUUGUGGCCCACGACGACAUUCCGUACGGAACCGAAAACAUGGACGACAUCUAUGCUCCUCUUAAAGCGCGCGGUAUGUUCGUGGCCACGGAGCGCACGGAGGGUGUGUCCACCUCGGACAUUGUGGCCCGCAUUGUGAAGGAUUACGAUCUGUACGUGCGGCGUAAUCUGGCCAGAGGCUAUUCGGCCAAGGAGCUGAACGUUUCGUUCCUGUCCGAGAAGAAGUUCCGGCUGCAGAACAAGAUGGACGAGCUGAAGUCGCGCGGCAAGCGGGAGCUGACCAAAGUAAAGGGCGACAUCAUCACCAAGUGGGAGGAGAAGUCGCGCGAGUUCAUCGACACGUUCCUUCUGCUGUUCGGACGUGAGAACCUGAACCAUUUGUGGAACGAAUCGAAGGGCAAGCUGCUGCAGGCGCUCAGUCCGCCGGGCAGUCCGUCGGGAUCGGUGAACGGCGACGACACGGAGGCUGGCGAGGAGUUCAGCGAAACCAUUGACGAGUACUUAGAGAUGGCCGAGAAGCUAAGCGAGCGCAGCGGCAGCAGUGGUUCGCUGAACGGCAAGCAGAGACCGAGCCAGAAGCGUUCCUCGCUGGCGCGCCGGAGUUACCAGAGUCUCCAGAGUCGGUCACCGGAUUUGGAUGCGGAUGGAGACGAAGACGCUGAGUACGAGCGGCGCAGCGAUUGAUUCUAGUGUUGGACGAUUAGCUCUACCUUUUCUUCUUCUCUUACUGUCUGAUGCUAUUGUAAAUCGACUCGUUUGCAACUAGUUCAACGGCACACAAUCUAGAUGCCCCAGGAUCGCCUCGCAGGCUCCCAAAAACCCCUUCUAUUUACUGUAGCUCUAAGUGGUACUGUAAUCCACUAGAUUUUAGUUGGCACUCGUUCUUCUCCUUCAUCCACUUCACAAUCGAGAAACGAGGGAGUCCUGUCGCUAAUUCAGCUGCGUAUGGGACACGAAACCAACGCAGAAAAGACUCAUUUUUGUAUUAGGCACUCUGCGGAUUGUUCACGAAAUCGGCGGCAGCGGUUGUUCGAGGUGCCGAAAAUAUCUAGAAAUAUUUAUAUUAAAUUAUUUCGCAUAACAUUAAAUUAAGUUAACACAACACCACAACAAGAACACCAACCAAUAUAGAAAAAAUAAACGAAAUGAAUUCGGAAAAUACAAAAAACAAAAACAGUUGGCAAUAGCUGAUUUAUUGCAAAUGCUUUGUUAAAUAUUUUUUGAAAAUAAAAAUUGAAUCUAA